AUGGGAUUUAAAUCUUUUAAAUUCUUUCUCCAAAAGUUUUUUGUUUUACAAUUAUUAUUUUUGUUGGCCAAAUGUAAAAUUGAUAAUACCGAUCCACAGGAACCACCUGAAUUCACAACUGUAAUAGAUUUACUUUCCCAAAAUGUUAUGUUUUCUCGAUUUUUAUUACAAGUUCAACGUCACGGAUAUAUAGAUUAUUUAAAUGGGUUAGACAAUUUUACCUUAUUGGCACCAAUAAACUCUGCCUUUACCUAUUCAAACUAUGAGGAUGACUUCGAAUUUGAUAUCGAUGAAUAUAUAGUAUAUAACAAUGUUAUAAAAGUGGAUGAAAAUUAUAACAGAAACGAAUCCUUUUUAAUUAAAUCCGGUGUUAAAAUUCCGUUCAUUUGGAACCAUUUCUAUCAGCAAGAAGCAGAUAAGUUGCAAAUCCAAUUAUACAGAUCGUCCAUUACUGAUAAAAUUCGUGUUUUGGAUUUUAAUUACAUUCCUACUUUGCAAAAUGCAAGUAUGCACUCAAUAGACAAAUUGUUACCUUUAAUGCAUCCCCCAACUUUACCACAACUUCUUGAAACUUAUUCACUAGAAAACCAUGGAAAUAUUAGCUUUAUAAAAAAAUUUGUUAAUGACAGCAAAGAAACUUUUUCUGAGCUAUUAAACGAUACCACCCUAUUGGUACCUUCUGAUAAAACUCUAAAUAAACAGUUUAAAGAUAUUGAAGUAAACUAUCUUUUGUUAGACGAGAAGGAUAUUUCAAAUCCUUCGUCGGGUUUGGUUUUAAAAGCUGAUAGAAUAAAGCUACUGGAAAACCUAAACAUACUUGGGAUGCAUGUUGGCCUUUGUAAUGUGGAUGAGAAAAAAGAAACAACUGUCAAAUUUUUAAAUGGGAAAAGCGGUAAAAUAACGUUUAAUGCUUUCCAAAAUAUUAUUAUAAAUGACGACAUGUUUUCAAGUUCAGGGCCUCAAAUUACAUUUUCUAGCCCCGAGGUAAAUGAAAUAACGAGCGAAAACGUAGUCUAUUUUUUUGAUGACAUGAGCGACUUGUCAUAUAAUAUAACUUUUAAUACAGAGAAAUAUUUGUUAAGUUUGAACGCCUUUGAGUUUAUCAAUGAACUCUACAUUAGACAUUUGGAAUGUUUAAUUAACGACCAAUCCUUCAACAGAAAUAUUACUUUAUUUGUUUCUGUUCCCCAAAUGAAUAAGGGUCUUGCUAACGAUGACUACUUAAUCAAUUCGGGUGCAAAGGCAUCGUCAGGCGGAUUCACUAAACACCAGUUGAUCUACCAUUUUUUGGAAGAUACUAUUUGGUUGAAUGAAACAUUCCAUUCUGACAACUCUCUAUUGAUGCGAAGUGCAAGACUUGUUAAUUCUAUGUUCUGCGACAAUAAUGCUUUGAUGGGUGGUAAUUGUCAAAAACUAAAACUUUCCAAACUUUCAAAUAACAAUAACGAUGAUAAUAACGCUAUAUAUCGUGUUAAUAAUAAAGCCCAAGUUAUAAAUAACACUCCUUUACAGGUAGGAAGUACUUUGAUAUAUUUGGUAGACAACGAUUUUUCAUUGCCAGGUAAUAUUAUUCAGUCCGUCAGCUCUUUUUUCCAUUGUUCCAAAUCUUUGUUGUUCUUAGACCAAUUAAAUUUACUGGAUUUGAAACCUAAUAAGCACGGCUAUACAAUUUUUUUACCUUGCUAUGAUUCAUGGGAUGAUUUGGAGUUGAAUUUGGAUUACAUCAAAAGUAAUGUCACUGCACUAAGUAUGGUUAUGAAAAAUUAUAUUUUUGAAGGUUUGUUCUACUCUGAUACUGAAUUGAAAAACUACACUUUUAAAAAUCUGUUGGGGGGAAAUGUUCAAUUAAAUGUGGACAGCUGUAACGAAGACACAGUGGAUAUUUCUAUCAGCUCAAUCAAUACCAAUGGCGGCAACUUAACUAUUGGUAAGAACAGAGAUAUUAUUUUCGAACAAGGUGUGGUUCAUCCCUUAGAUAAGCUUUAUUUCCCAUUAGACUUGGAUAUCACAUUGAGUGCUUUGAUCAAGACCACAGGAUCUAGUGAGUAUUUGCUGUUUUUUGAAAAAUUUCCAAACUUGAAUGUUAUAUUUGAACAUAACUUGCCAAAUUCCAUAUUAGUUCCAACUGAAAGCUCGUUGCUAUUGGACGGUGAUGAAAUGUCGUUAAACUCUAGCCGCUUAGAAGAUACGCUAAAGAUGCAUAUCAUUUCUACCAAUUCAACCGCAAGCAUUUUGAAUUGUGGUCGAGACAUAAUGACUGAAUACGGCGAAGAAUUGGUAUGUAAGGAAGUGUCACCAGGCAACUAUUUUAUAAAGUUGAAGAAUUCGGUGGCUGACAAAGAGGUAAGAGUUUUGAAGAAGGGUUGUUCCACUAAUAACAACACAUCCUGUAUAUUUGUUAUAGAUCGGCCACUUUCAUUAAAUUGGUUAAAUAAAGAAAAGCCCUAUCAUUUGCACUUACCUUAUAUUUCAUUUGCCAUGGGUAUAAUUAUUGGAAUUUUUGGCUUGGUUUUCAUAUAUUUCCUGAUCAUGCAUGAAGUUUCAAAAAGGAGCACCUAUUCAUCCUUGACUCCUAUUUUAUCGCCAUCAUCGUCUCACCUGAAUACUGAGCCUUCUUUAUCAAAUGUACAAACUGGAAACAGCGAAAUUGAUAAUGAAGGUGAAAAUGCAAAUUUAAGGACACCUUUACUUCAAGCACACUUGGCAAGAAGGCCAUCGUCUUCGAAUAGUAAUUACCAAAGCAUGAUAAACUCCGAAAGAAACCAGGGGUUUGAAAAUCAUUACUCCCAAAAUUCUUUAUCUAAUCCGAUCGAAGUUAGAAAAAAAAGAUCUGUUAUUGACAGUACUGGUAAUGUGUAA